AUGGAACACACCUAUCAAAUAGUACUUGUAUCAAUUCUGUGGCAAUUCAUGGUAUCUGAAGGCGUGCUGAAAUGUCCAGAAUCCACAGAAGAUUGGGGUAUGUGUCCAGAGUUUAAUUUUAAAGCUCGCCGAAUAGAUGUUUAUCAAUGCAAAUCUAAUGAGAACAACUGCCCGACUACAACGUACUGGUCUAAUGCUGUUUACGUCUAUCCUGGGUGUUUCCAUAAUGUUUCAUCCAAUGUACUGAAAUCUAGCACGACCUUAUUUACUCUUCCUUUAACGAUAGAAAUAACUACAAAGGACAGUGCAUCUGCCAAUGAUACCUCAUCUUCCGAGAAAACAUCCAAUGCAAUUCCAUUCACGUCAAUAAUAAUAAUAAUAAUUUCUAGUCUAAUCGUCACUAUAGUGCUUUUUCUCGGUAUAGGAUGUCUAGUGUUUAGAUGGAGACACAGAAGAGAGUUAAGUACCGGAGAAAAAGAUAAAGACAACAAUUCACCUGAAGAAGAGAUUAUGUUACGAGGUACAA